AGCGGCGGCCGCGGAUGGCGUCGUCGUGGCGGGUGCGGACCCCCGAGCGGGACAGUGUGAGAUCUUCAAAGAACACUGUAGGAAGCACACAUGCCACAAAAGACAAAACUGGCCCAAAGCAGAAACCCACUGAUGUGUUUGAUUUUCCGGAUAAUUCUGGUGUCUUCAGCAUCAGCAGGCUGGGUGAAAACGAGAAGGAUGACGAACCUUAUGACAUCUUUGAUCCUCCUUUACACAGCACUGCUAUCUACGCUGAUGAAGAAGAAUUCUCCAGACACUGCGGGUCAUCCAGCCCUUUGAAUUCUCAAGGAAAAGAAGCAAAGAAAAGGUCCCACACUUACGAAGUGGAAGAAGGUGAAAAUGUGUCUAUAGAAGUGAGUGCAAAAAAGCCAAGAAGAAAAGUCAAGCCCAUUAGCGAUGAAUCUGAAAGCACCGAAGAAGCUGUCAUCAGAAGGAAAGUUAAACCAGCAGAGAAAAUAAGGACCCGACAACAGGAACCUGUUCCAGAUGCACCGUGUAGGCCUUCAGAACUUCCAGAGGAACCAGCCGAGUCGGUCACUCCUGAAAACAUAGGACCCCUGAGCGCCAAGUCCGUUGUUGAAAAAGGGACAGAUCCCAGUCAGUUGAAAACUCAGAAAAAGGAGAUAUUUUGUGGCAAAAGGAAGAAAUCAAGAAGUAAAGCCGUAGACUCAGAUAUUUCCGACUGUGUACAUAUUUGGUGUCUGAAAGGAAAGAAAGCCAGUGACAUCACAGAAUUAGAUGUUGUUUUGUCUGCAUUUGAGAAAACCAUCCUAGAGUAUGAGCAAAACGUAGAAUCUAAAACUUGUAAGGAAGCCAUCAAAGAGUUUCAUUCUGAUGUGAAAGAAGAACUCAUCAAAAUGCUUAAAGAAUUCCAGAUGUCAAAAACUCUGAAAAGGAAGAACAUGAAGGUUAUUUCCGACAUUGAGAAGAAGAAGCGGCAUCUGCUUGAACUCCAGAAUGAACUGCUUCGGUUAGAACCACAGAUGAAGCAACUCCAGAUAAAGCAUGAUGAACUCAUGGAGAGAAAAUCUUCCCUUAGGGAUGUCGCAGGCUUCUUAUCUAACCUGAAACAGCUUCAUCAAGAUUAUUCGGCUACUCGAGAGAAAGAACCUCAUGUAAAGGAAACGUAUGAUUCAUCCAGCCUUCCAGCUCUGUUAGUGACAGCGAGGGCCCUUUUGGGAGCUGAAAACCACCUGCAAAAUAUCAACCAUCGAUUAGAGAAGCUCCUUGACCAGAAAGGAGACCCAUCUACUAAGCUGUGACUGUAUAAAGACUAGUCCCCUGCUAUUGCCUGUUGCCUCCGGAUACUGUACUUUUGUAAAUAAAAAUUGA